AUGGUUUCCAAUAACCUACAGUCCUCGUUGACAGUAUGCGCCACGAUUGUGACCGUUCCAAUUGGACUAGUGACCCUCGCUCUCACCCAGCGCGGCUCGAAUCUGCUCAUUCCCACCUCGCGAAAAGCACGAACGGCCUUACGACCGUCAAAAGGGAGCUGUAAAUGGAGGCUUUGGGUGGAUUUGAAAGAUGGUCCGCUGUACCUUCACGUGGACGGCGAAAGGCUACCAGAUGUCGCAUAUGAACGGCCUGUGGUGCUAGGAAAGAUUCUUAUUACCUCUCUGAGCAAAUGGAAUGAAGAUUCUCAUGCAGUCGGGAAACUCGAAUGUCUGCCCUUACCCAAGGAGUCCCUUCACGUCGAUCUCCGAGUCAACCUGCCGUUCGUCUUCAGGGCCAUCCUUCUAAGAGGCCGCGGCAAACAGACUACCGAGCUGUCAUCGCGAACAUUCAGUAUAAACAUCGUUGUUCUCGAGGUGCAAAUCAUCAAGCCUGAUAUUGUGGCCUUGCAUCUUGGAGGAACCAUCCAGAGAACGUUCACCAAGGAUUAUGUUCAACGCCUUUUGGGAGGGCACCCUGAUUGUCUGUAG